AUGAAUACCACUACCAUACCCGACGAUGGGUGUCAUCUCUUGGGUAUUGCACUUGUAGUAGACGAUAUAAGUAAAGGUUGUAACUUGGCAUUUCGUUAUCCUUCUCCUCCUUGUACAAAUGCAUCGAGUUUCCACACACUUCCAGCCCCUUUAUUAGCUAAACUCUUUCGACCUAAAAAUGCGUUAUGUAAUGCCAGUUUGGAACUUGUGGUCGAUGAUUUACGCUUUGUAAGUCAUCCAGUACUCGUAUCACAUCGUCUACCAGCUCCAGUACCAGCAGAUGGUGUUUUAGGAAAUGCUUUGACAUCCUGUAAUGGGUCAACUUCGGUGAUCGGAGCACCACCUACAGUUAACGAGCAAUCAACGACAGGUUCGACCGUCACGUUUGGAAACGAAACUACCAUGUUUAAUGUCAUUUUUGCAUUAGAAGAUCAUCCUUUACAAAGGUCAAGAAGUACUGAUGGCUUGGAUGGAGGGAGUGAUACUCAAUUAUUGCCACUACAGCGAGCAGACGAGGAAGAGCUUCUUGAUAGCAGAAGAAAAAGAAGAAGUAGUGCUCAAGCUUUUCAUACAGUAGCAGCUCAAUUGUCGAAUGGUCUUUUGCAUGAAGAACUUCGUGUUCGUUUUGUGUCAAAAGAAGUGCGAGAACUGUUGCAAUUGCGAGAUGAACUGGCGCAAAGUGAACGUAAUGCAGGAAACAAUAAUACGGGAAUAUCAGGUGGUACGAGUGGAUCAAGCAUGAGUACUGCAGUUACAUCGGGUACAACAAGUGGCAACAGUAUUUCAAAUAAUACUGGAGGAGGCAAUAACGGAAAUAGUGGAGCAAGUCUGUUGCAUCACCAUCACCAUAGGAAGGAUGGAGAGAGUGGGUCGACAAUUGUGGAUGUAGAUCCGCAGACAUUGAUCGAUAUUUCACUGGAAAAAAGUGUGUUAGCAAAUGAUUUGAAGCGAGUAUUUUAUGGACUGGAAGAAUUUGGAGCUGCGCAUGUUGUGUUGAAUGGAUGGGUAAAAUUGUCACUGACACUUACGGAUGCUGUAACGAUUAGAAUGGCGAGUUUGCGUCCGUAUCAUACGUUGCUGCUACUUUCUGACAAAAGUAAUAUUCUGAAUAAGCUGCCUGCAGAUCAUGCACGACAACUUCGAGACCUGGUGGAGGCUGUGAAUCCGCUGAAGAGUUUUCAAGAUAUUGCCUUUGAGACCGGGGUGCCUAUUCAUCAAGUGUUUCGUCUAUCAGCACAUCUUGUCUAUUGGGGGUUCGGGCGUAUCGUGGACGCUAUUACAUUAUACAACAUUUAUCAGGUCAAUACGAAAUCAGACUUGAAUAUUAAGUCACCGCUGGCGCUGGAGUUCCGGCGAAAGUUUGCGCCCUAUGAAAUAGGAGAAGUGUUAUCUACGUUUUCUGGAACUCGUCGCAUUGGUGAAUACAUGAAGACUUUGUCUACAAUCAAGAAAAAUGAGUACAUUCAUAUGCUGAUUUGGUUACUGCAGCAACGAUUUAUUGUACAGCUCCACCGUUACAUCUAUUUUAUGAUCCCAUCGGAUGGAGAAUAUGCAGCUGAGCUUGGCAAUGAAGGCGCGUCUUCGAUUGGUAGUUCCUCUUCUGCAUUGAUGACUUCCAGCUUUCGUCGCCAACGGGUCAAUAGUAGCCUUACUAACACCAGCGCACCUGGAAGCGUGCCAAUAGCUCCAACACCACCUAUGAAUCCAGCUAGUUUGGCGUUGCCGUCACCUCCAACGGCACCAUUGGACAGAAAUCCUGCAGUAGAACGACAUAGAGGCAGCACUGUGCCGCUGGCACAAGUUGUUAGCGUAGCUAGUCAGUUGCUAUUCACAGAUCAAGAGCGUGCGUAUUUGGCUAAGAUUGCUAAACCCAAUCCAGUGUUUACGCUUUUUAAGCGGCUAUGUGUGUAUUUUCACGGAGAACACCAUAUUGAAGAAAUCAUGUGGCGCGAAAAUUUAUCUCGUGGCGAGCUUCGUACCGUUAUGAGCACGUACCAGGACAUAAUCGUCUGCUGUCUUCAUGAGUGA